CGGAACUGGCUUCUCCGAGUUAGAACCAAGUUCCAGGAAGUAGAGAGGGGCCGGCUGUAGCCGACUGAGGAAGACGGAACGUUGCUUGAAUGGAGGAGGGAAAAAGAAAGUGAGAUUAUUUUCUGUCUAUUGAGGCUUGAGCCAUAGUUGGUUAUGAGCUACAAAUCUGCAAAAUGGAUAACAAGCAAGAAGCAGCGCUUGCUCCCAGCAAGGAAGCCUUUCAGUUUAGGAUGGGUCUCAAUGACAACAAAGCUGGGAUGGAAGGGCUGGAUAAGGAAAAAAUCAAUAAGAUCAUAAUGGAUGCAACCAAAGGCUCAAGAUUUUAUGACAACGAACUGAAGAAAGACCAGCAAGUUAAUCAGCGUAUUGAAAAGCUGAUGCAACAAAAAUCUCAGCUGACAGACCAACAAAUAAAGAAAGCUCAGAUUCAGGUGGAUAGACUUGCCUUGGAACUUGAAAGGAACCGUGAUUUAAGCCGUAUUAUUGUCCAUGUUGAUAUGGAUGCAUUUUAUGCAGCUGUAGAAAUGCGAGACAGCCCAGAGCUGAAAGACAAGCCAAUGGCUGUUGGCUCAAAUAGCAUGCUGUCUACCUCAAACUAUCUUGCAAGGAGGUUUGGUGUAAGAGCUGCAAUGCCAGGAUUUAUUGCCAAGAAGUUGUGUCCCACACUCAAAAUUGUUCCACCAAACUUUGAUAAAUAUCGAGCAGUAAGUUCGGAGGUGCGUGAAAUUCUAGCCCAGUAUGACCCAAAUUUUUUACCUAUGAGUCUUGAUGAAGCUUACCUGGACAUCACAGAUCAUCUGAGUGAGCGCCUGGCUUGGCCAGAGGACAAGAGGACAUUUAUGAUCAGAACUAACAACUCAGGGGGAAACAAACCUCUACCAGGUAAACAAGAACAAGUAGAGUGUACAUCACCAGUACUUUUUGAAGACAGCCCUUCCUUUGUAGCAGACCAAAAUUUCAGCCAACCAGGGCUAGGCACAACUGAAGAGAACAGAAAACCAUCUCUAGAGAAUGUGGUCGUGUUUGGAACAUCAGUUGAGGAAGCAGUAAAGGAAAUGAGGUUUCGCAUUGAACAGAAAACAACAUUGACUGCAAGUGCGGGCAUUGCUCCAAAUAUGAUGCUGGCAAAAGUUUGCAGUGAUAAGAAUAAGCCCAAUGGACAAUACAGGAUUUUUAAUGACAAGCAAGCCAUCAAGGACUUCAUCAAAGACUUGCCAAUUAGAAAGGUACCUGGCAUUGGCAAAGUAACAGAGAAAAUGUUGAAGGCUCUGGGAAUUAUAACUUGUACAGACCUCUACCAGCAGAGGGCACUGCUCUCACUCCUCUUCUCUGAGACUUCUUGGCAGAAUUUUGUGCACAUAUCACUGGGGCUUGGCUCAACACAUGUAGAAAGAGAUGGAGAAAGAAAAAGCAUGAGUACAGAAAGAACCUUUAGUGAAAUUAGUUCUUCUGAGGAGCAGUAUGGCCUGUGCCAGGAGCUUUGCAGAGAUCUCGCCCAGGACCUACAGAAGGAAGGGCUCAAGGGUAAAACUGUGACAAUAAAACUGAAAAAUGUUAAAUUUGAGGUACGAACCAGAGCCCUGACGGUUGGAUCCACAGUUUCCACAGAAGAGGAGAUCUUUGCUGUUGCUAAAGAAAUUCUUAAAGCAGAAAUUGAUUUGGCAUCGCCAGAGCCAUUACGGCUAAGGCUAAUGGGUGUUCGAGUGUCAGGUUUCUUAACUGAAGAAGAGAAAAAACAUCACCAGAAGAGUAUUACUGGUUUUCUGCAUGUAAGCAAGCCUGGAAGCUCUUCUUCAUUGGGACAGUCUGAUAAAGCAAAUCCAUCUGCACUGGCCACAGGUCCUCAGAGACAGAGUUUUUUCAAUCAGAAGCGAGCAGCCAGGGAACAUAUGGUACAAGAAAAGCAUGCAGUUUGUAGUGGAUUUGUUAAAAGUGAGGAUGCAACAAUAUCAGACUCAGAAGGAAAAACAGAAACAUUAGACUUAGAAAAUGUGAGCCAAAAACCAGAAUUUACUUGCCCAAUAUGUUUUCUGAAAGAAAGCGACUGGGAUCUUGCAUCCUUUAAUAAGCACAUUGACAAAUGUUUAAGUCGAUCACCUAUAUCUAGUGAGCUUGAAAGUCCAUAUAAAGAAGGUGCUGUUAUGAUGAGGAAUGAAGUUGGUGAUAUGGAAAUCCAGUGUGAAGGCAUACACAAUGCUGAUGUUUGUGCGAAGAAGCAAAUAGGACAUACAAGGCCUUUGGAUGCAUUUGAUGACUCUGGUAUUAAUAAUACUGAAACCACAACAGUUGAAGAUGUUGAAAUGAACGUAAACAUGGACCAAAGCCAUCACUCAAUUAUUGCCACAAGUAUAAAGAAUGAGUACAAGAUGGCUUCUGAGCCUAUCUAUGCAGAAAAUCUAAUAGAAUGUAAAGUGAACCUCAGCGAUACAGAAGUGGCCCAUCCAAGUUCAGCUGCCCCCUGUGAAGAACAAUCUUUUAUUUGUCCAGUCUGUAACAUAAGACAAGACACAGCAGAUCUUGCAGCAUUUAACAGACAUGUAGAUGUGUGCCUUAAUAAAGGAAUUAUUGAAAAGCUUACUGAGGAAACAGUGAUUAUAAAACACCCAACACCAAGUUCUCAACACACAGGAAGCGCAGGAAGAGGACGUAGUGGUACUAAUACUAAUACAAAAUUACGCACAAAAAGGCCUGCAGCUACGAACCAGAAUCCAGUAUCCAAGAAAUCCAAGCCGAACCCUUCCAAAAACACCAUCGACAGAUUCUUCAAGUAGAAUUUCCGCGACUCUAUUGACGAGGCAUUUGAUUAAACUUAAUUUAUUAUGCAAGACUAUUUUAUAUAGUAAUUAAUAUGUAAAUGUUGUUUACAUUGUGUUUGUAUAUAAAAUACCAAUUAUGGAAGUUUGUACCAGAAAUUGGGACCUAUAUUUGUUUUCUGAUUGAAUUUCUCUUUGAGGAGUUAAACGUGAAACCAAAUUGUGCAGUAAAUAUUAUGGCAAUGAUGAAAACACUUAGUAACAGGAGAUUUUGCAGGGCAACAACUUCCAAUGAAUAAAAUUCAUAUGGAGUAAUGCAAUAAAAAGUGCAAACCUUAGCUCAACCCCACAAGGGGGGCAGAAUCACAGUGGGAGAGUCUAAUUCUGCUCUCACUCCUAGUGCAAGGAGUGACAAUUGGUACUUAUAACUGUGCUGUAUUGUGAUUUGCUGCCACAUGCUCUUUGUCCCAAGCUGUUGUGCUGACCCUGACAUCCUGAAGCAGAGAAUACAACUAAUGAAGUUGGGUAUUGAAAGCAACUUCUACGUUAGAUAUUACUAUAACAGGGUAACUUAUAGCUAGUCAUGCUUAUAUCUGUAACUGCUUUGCACUAGAUUCCUUAAAUAUCAUUAAAUAUCAUCAUCAGCUAUUUCUUGACCUUAAAGCAGGUUCUUAACGUAGGGGUUCCCCUGGGACCCAAAUAUCAGCCCCCAAACAGUUUAGGGUGUUCAUGAUCCCGAUGAAUAUUUGUUUUUUCCUAGCCAUUAAACGAGGUAUAUAAAUUGUUUUUUUUUUUGGUUAUAUGGGGAACCAAUAAAAGCUGAAGGAUUGGUAACACCUAUUGAACUCCAUUGACUUUAUACAGAGUUUAGUAAAACAGUCUAUAGGAAAUGGGCAUAGAACCUGUUGCCUAUAUUGCUUUAGAUAAAGAGUGAAGAUUUGUGUUCUAUCUGUAAAGUUAUAUGCUGGGAAAGUAACAAUAAUAUAUAUGUAUGUAAUUUAUUUGUGUUUGCAGCUAUAUGUGUUUGUGCUGCUGAUAGGCAGAUGGUACAGAGGGAAGCUAUGCGCCUUGUAAGAGAUUCUAUUUUUAUUAUCAUGCCCAGGAUGCAUAGUUGUCUAAAGGAAUUAUUUAUAUAAUGGCUUCAUUUGGUAUAUUUUUUCUUAUUUGUAAUUGUUGAAACCUACAGGAUGGUAUUUUAUGGUCAGAUAUUGAAAUACAUUUUUAAAAAUAUUCUGCAUUCAUUUUAAGACAACAAAAUAAAAAAUAUUUUCCUUCUGUU